AGCAACAGGCAGCCGCCGUGACAGUCGUUAUCAAGCGUUUAACGCGUAAAGAACACAUGUUUCGUUAAUACGGUGAAGAUUUACGAAAUAGUGCGAAUAACAAAGUCAGAGUUAAGUUACCGAGGUGAAAAAUCGUUCGUGAAACAAUAGUUUACAAUUUUGGAAAAUUAUUUUGAAAUUUUCGAAAAACAGGACGAGUUUCGGAGUUCGCGUGCAUAUUGUGUCUUACAACACUUUUGUGUAUUUGCUUUGUCUUUAGAGGCGUAUUAAUCGUGACGAACGCGCCUGAAAGACAUUCCCGCAAUCAAUUGCCAUUGAUAAGAAAGCCAAAGUUCGUUGUUCAGAAAACUGUUUGAUUACGAAUUUUCGAAAUAACGAAAUUCACUGUUGUUCAGUUCUAGUAUUUUAUAAAUAAAUAAGUGUAUGAAAUACUUUGGAAAAAAAGUGUUUUGAAUGAAAAGUGUUUAUGAAACUCAAUAACAAAACAUCUGUUUCUACGCCUGCCCCAUAUUUGCACACCUCAAUAAAUAAAAUCUCGUUUUACAAUACGCCGCUGUUUUGGAUUGCCUUUCAACAAUUUCGUAGAAUUGAAAAUUUCCAUUUUUCUACAAAUCAACAUAAUCUCGAAACGAUUGGAAUAAAAAAAUAAAUAAAUUCGAAGUAGUUUACUAAAUUUAUUUAUUUUUUUUUUUAAUUUUUCCAUAUCAUCUAAUAAACAUUAGCUAAAUAAAAUAUUUCAAAAUGCCCAAAAAAGCAAAUAGUUUAAAAAGAUGGCGUCAAAGUAAUCGCAAAGUUAUCAUUGGCAUUUGCGGUUUCUGUUUGGCCUUCUUCGGCGUGUUAUGUGGCAUGUUUUGGGAGCAAAUCUUCAACAGCAUAAUGGAAAAGGAAAUGACCCUACGACCCAACUCACAGGUCUAUGACAAAUGGAAAAAUCCACCAUUGGCUUUAAGUUUAGACGUUUACUUCUUUAAUUGGACGAAUCCGGAAGAUUUCAAAAAUCUCACAACGAAACCGAAUUUUGUGCAGUUGGGCCCUUAUCGGUUCACAGAGAAACAAGAUAAAGUCGAUAUAAGAUGGAAUCCGGAAAAUGCCUCAGUGACCUAUCGCAAAAAGAGUGAUUUCUAUUUUGAUCAAGAGGGCAGCAAUGGUAGUUUGGAUGAUACGAUAGUCACAUUGAAUGCGGUGGCUUUGUCCGCUGCCGGCAAGGCGAAACGUUGGAACAGCAUGCGUCGCAAUUUGGUCGAUGUGGGCUUGAAGUUAUAUGGUCAGGAGAUGUCUAUAACACGCACUGUGGAUGAGAUGCUCUUCACGGGCUACAGUGAUGAUAUGUUGGAUAUGGCGCGUGCCAUGCCACUAUUCGGUAAGGACGUUGAGGUGCCGUUCGAUAAAUUUGGUUGGUUUUAUACGCGUAAUGGCAGCGCCGAUCUGACUGGAGUCUUCAAUGUUUACACUGGCGCUGAUGACAUUUCGAAAAUCGGUAAAAUGCAUACAUGGAACUUCAAACACCACACCGGCUUCUUUCAAUCGACUUGCGGUUUAAUUAAUGGCUCGGCAGGUGAAUUCCAUCCACCAUAUUUGAAGGAGAAUGGUAGCGUGUCGCUUUUCACACCCGAUAUGUGUCGUACAGUGCCGUUGGAUUAUGUAGAAACCGCAGAGAUUGAGGGCUUACGUGGCUUCAAAUAUAGUGGUGGCGCACGUUCGAUUGAUAACGGCACACUUUAUCCCGAGAAUAGUUGUUUCUGUGGUGGCGAAUGUGUACCUUCUGGUGUUAUGAAUAUUUCUUCUUGUCGUUUUGGUUCGCCUGUCUUCAUGUCCUAUCCGCAUUUCUACAAUGCUGAUCCAUAUUAUACGGAGCAAAUCGAUGGUAUGAUGCCGGAAAAGGAGAAGCAUGAAUUCUACAUGAUACUGGAACCACGCACCGGUGUUGCGCUGGAGGUAGCUGCGCGUUUUCAAGUGAAUAUGCUUGUUGAGCCGAUUACUGGCGUAAGUUUGUAUGAGAAAGUGCCACGCGUCUUCUUCCCACUCAUCUGGUUCGAGCAAAAGGUGCGCAUAACACCCGAACUUGCGGCCGAUUUACAGUUGUUGCCACAAGUACUUAUGGGUGGACAAAUAUUCGCUUGCGUUUGCUUUGGCAUCGGUUUAAUAUUGCUCUGUUGGUACCCAAUCGAGAUGCUUUGUACGCGUCAGCGUUCUGUCGAUCUCAAAUCUACGCCAACAACAUGUGAAAAUGGCAAGAAGACAACGAAAUUCUCCAGUGUUGAAGAAUUGAAAAAUCGUCCAUUACCUAAUGUUGUUGUAAACAACAAAACGCUCGAUAGUUCACCUUUAUUGGAUCGUACGAAUGGCAAGUUGGCGACGAUAGUGCCGAAAUCAGAGACAAAUGAGAGUGUUGCCACUACAACAACAGCUACAAAUGUUAGUGGCGUUAGUGAGAAUGUAAAGGAAUAGUAUUGAUAAGUUAUAGAUACUAUAUAUUUUUGGAAGUGGCCAAAAUUUCGUCCUACUGUAUGCCUUUUUUUAUAUAGAACAUAGUUAAGUGUUUUGUAAAUUCGAUUUAGUGUUGUAAGCGCAAUAUGUGGCCUAACAGUUUAAACUCUAUACGAAUUUGUAUUUUUAAAAAUGCCGUUAGAAUAUUAAGUACAGUUAUACAACUUACUAUUUACAAGCUAGAAAUGGUAUACACCAGAGAAGUUAGUUAUUGGGACAUAGCACUGCAGAGCAUAACCGAACGGUGCUAGUGUAGUACCUCUGCCUAACACGCUCUGCAGUGCUAUGUUUGCCCCCAAAAAGCCUUAAGAGAAACGUUCACUAUAUGAUUAUAUCGUAAACUUAACACUUAAAGAACAUGAACAAUAAAGAAUUUAAGUACUAAUAUAGGUUUAAGUUAAAUCACGGCAUUAUAUGAAAUAGAUAUAAUAAUGUAAGAGGGUUUUUAUUGCAUUGUCAAUGGGCAUCGAUCGGCAUUAGUUAUAGUUAUAGUAGCUAGUAGUUAGUUUUUUAUACACAGCUUAGCGUAAAAACAAGAUGUGAUAUACCAAAUGUCCAGCAGUAAAAGUGGCCUCAAUCAAAACCAAGAUAUUACUUAUCAUAAGUUUAUUAGCAUAUAAUAUGACAGUAAAAAAAAAAGCUUUGGAAAAAAUCUAACUACGUAAUUUUGUAUUUUUAUAAAUGAUGAAAUAAUAUUUUUAUAAAAAU